AUGUACAACGGCGUGCUAACGCUGAAGCUGCCCAAAGGAGUCGAGAUCGUAGGAUUUGCGGUCGACAUCGUGUUGGCGGUAGUAGGCGAGACGUUGGAAGAGGUGGAAAUGCUGGCAACCGAGGCGAUCGACACGCGAGCAGAAAUUACCGUCGGGGAGAACGCCAUAGCAUCAAAGCGCGUGCUGAAGUAUCUUGGAGUGAUACUCGAUGACCGGAUAAGCUUCAAUAGCCACGUCAACUACGCACGUGAGAAGGCGGCGAAGGCCAUCAAUGCGAUAGUUAGAAUCAUGCCCAACAACUCUGGACCAAGCAGCAGCAAGAGGCGUCUUCUGGCUAGUGUAUCGUCGUCGAUUCUGAGGUAUGGAGGUCCAGCCUGGGAUGCAGCGCUGAAAACGAAGAAGAACCAGAGAAAAUUGAACAGUACGUGGCCAUGA